ACUAUCAUCAUCCCCUGUGCUCUCUGUUGCCCCCAGGUGGUGACGGCUAUUCUGGAGUCUGGGAAGAACUUGUCUAAAGAGGAGAAGAAGAGCGAGCGAUGUCCGCUGCUGUACGAGUGGCACAAGAAGCAGUACGUAGGAGCCGCUCACGGUCUGGCAGGCAUUUACUACAUGCUCAUGCAGCCGAGUGCUAAAGUGAGCCAGGAGGUUCUGAACGAGCUGGUUCGGCCCAGUGUGGAUUACCUGCGGCACAAGCGGUUCCGGUCCGGCAAUUACCCAUCAUCCCUCAGCAACGAGAGCGACAGACUGGUGCACUGGUGUCACGGGGCGCCUGGAGUCCUGCACAUGCUCAUCAUGGCUCAUAAAGUGUUCAGGGAUGAGAAGUACCUGCGUGACGCAGUGGAGUGUGGAGAGCUGAUCUGGCAGAAAGGUCUGCUGAGGAAAGGUUACGGGAUCUGUCACGGCACCGCAGGCAACGGAUACGCCUUCCUCUCCCUCUACCAGCUCACACACGACAAGAAGUACCUGUAUCGGGCCUGCAAGUUUGCUGAGUGGUGUCUAGACUACGGGAAGCACGGCUGCCGCAUCCCUGACCGGCCAUACUCCCUGUUUGAAGGAAUGGCAGGAGCCGUCCACUAUCUCUCCGACGUCCUCCAGCCCGAGGGAUCCAGCUUCCCUGCUUUUGAACUUUGACCUGUGUGUGUGGACUCAUAGACUUCUG